GAAAGCAAUAUAUUUCAUACCAAAAUAUUGCAAAUGGACAUGUUUCUACAUUAACAAAAUAUUCGGCAAUAAAAGUUGAUAUGGACAGUGAUCAUAUUUCAACACAACCGUUAUAUCAUCGAUAAAGAAAAUUAACGUAAAAGUUAUUUAUACUUUAUUCAUACAAGUUUAAAUUUACAGAAAUAGUGGAUUUUUGAUAUUUUUGUUACUCUGAUAAAUAUACAGCAUAACGAUUCUGGUGAGGAUUAAAGAUACAUUUUCAUUUUUAGAGUUCACUCAAAUCAUUACAAUUCACACUAGAUGAACUCGAAGAAACAUUCAAAAGAUGAUUUAUACCAUAGAGAUAUUGUUAAAUUUAUUUUUACUAGUCAUAUUUACUGUAAAUGGAUUACAGUGUACAUUACCGUCCAACUUAUCAACUCCUCCAUACAAUACAAUUUUAACAAGAUAUCCAAGAGAAGUUAAGUCUGUUAUAUAUAUCGGAGUUAUCCUUACUGAUGAAGACCGCGACACUGAGAAAGCGUUUGAAAAUGGUGUUCAAGCCGCUAAUGAAGUCUUAGGUCAAAGUGGAACUCUAUCAUCUUACCAGUUAGAACCUAUUAUCCAGUUUGUACCUAAAGAUAAUGUUUUUAUAGCCACACAGCAAGCAUGCAAAAUUUUGGAUAGAGGCAUUAUUGCCCUAUAUGGACCAAGCUCAACAUCUUUAUCACAAGCGUUGUUGUCGUUGGCCAAUCGAUUUGGUUUGCCGUAUGUUGAAACACACUGGAAUAUGAUACCAAGAAAAACUACUUAUGCCAUACAUUUACAUCCAAGUAUAGAAAGUUAUGGAAUAGGUUUAUAUGAAUAUUUAACUCAGGUAGAAAAAUGGAAACGUAUGACACUCAUCUACAAUAAACCUGAAAGUUUGCUCAAAUUUGCCACUUUAGUAAAUAAUUUUGAAGGAAUAUUAAAAAUUAAAUCAUGGGAUGAAAAUGCAAGUGGUGCUAGAGCAAUGAUGGCAGAACUAGGGUCAGGAUUGGAGAAAAAUUUUCUUGUGGACAUUCCCAGUUGGCAAGUAACCAAUUUCUUAGUUAUGGCAUAUGUGCACAAUAUGACCGGCUAUCAGUACACUUUCAUAUUCACAGAUUGGGAUAUUGCAACAUUAGAUUUAAGCGCAUUCAAAAUUGAUGUAGGUGCAAGAAUCAAAGCAGUUUCAAUCAUUCCUAAAGUUACUUCAUUGGACAUAAAUAAAACACCUCAACCAGAAAUGCUACCUUAUAAGAAAACUCUUGAAAAUAUUGCUAGUUCAAAAGAUUUUCCCAAUGGAAACCCUACUAUUCAAUUCAGUUUAAUUUACGAUAGCCUUAUACUUCUAGCACAUGGACUUAGUACGGUGACAAGAACAAGACCAUUGUUACCACAGAAAUUAAGCUGUGAACGUCCACCAGGUCUAUGGCCUCUUGGGUUAAGUCUGAUCAAUGCAGUUAAAUCGGUAGCAUCAGAAACUAUUCGGGGUUUAACAAGUCCCUUCCGUUUUGACAAACACGGUUUAAGAACAUUAUUCGAUCUAACUACUCUGGAACUAACCCAGGGUGGAUUUAAACCUACUGGAGUAUGGAACAUAGAUGAAAGAAUGAAAGUUGCAAAGCAACCUGCAAUAACGUUACCAAAACAGUUACCCAAAAUCAAAGGUGUAGUCUUGAAAGUCACAACAAUCCCUGAUGCCCCAUUUAUGAUUCCAAUCAAGUUUGAUGCAUAUGAUAGACCAUUAGGUACACCUGACGCAUGGAUGGGAUAUUGUAUUGAUCUCUUGAAUCAUAUUGCAUCAGAUGUUGGAUUUAAUUAUACAGUUCAUAUAACACCAGACCGACAAUAUGGAUCAGGUAUAGACGUUGGAAACGGAACCAUUUUCUAUAAUGGCAUAAUGGGAGAACUGAUCAGAGAGGAAGCUGAUAUGGCUGUAGCCGGAUUCACAAUAACAUAUGAACGUGAAAAACUUGUUGAUUUUAGUACACCGUGGAUGACUUUGGGUGGGAGUAUUUUAUUUACAAGACCAAAAAGUCAGAAACCAUCAUUGUUUUCAUUUCUUCAACCACUUUCACCACAAGUAUGGUUGUACGUGGGUUUCACAUAUUUAGCUGUGUGUUUGUGCUUAUUUGUUGCUGCCCGUCUUUCUCCACAUGAAUGGACGGCAACACAUCCUUGUGAAGAAGGUGGCGAUACAAGAAAAAAUCAAUUCACACUAUUAAACAGCUUCUAUUAUAAUGUAUCUGCUUUACUGAAUCAAGGAACUGAACUUGCACCACACGCUACUUCAACACGAUUGUUAACAGGAGUUUGGUGGUUUUUCGCCUUGAUUAUUAUUGCUACAUACACAGCUAAUUUAGCUGCAUUUUUGACAGUUGAAAAUAUGAAAUCACCGAUUGAAAGCGCUGAAGAUUUAGCUAAUCAAGAAAAAAUUAAAUACGGAACCUUGAAAAGUGGAUCAAGCCGUGAUUUUUUCAGAACCUCAUCUUUACCAACGUUUAAGAAAAUGGGUGAAUUCAUGGACAAAUAUCCAGAUGCUACUGUAUCAACCACUCAAGAGGGAAUUGAACGUGUUCUACAAGGUAAUUAUGCCUUCAUUUUAGAAUCAACCUGGAAUGAAUAUUAUGCUCAGAGAGAUUGUCGUCUAACUCAAGUUGGAACAUUGCUUGAUUCUAAAGGUUAUGGGAUCGGAUUUCCACAAGGUUCACCAUGGAGGGAUCCCGUAUCGAAAUCAAUUUUAAAAUUACAGAAUGCUCAAAUUCUGGCAAAGUUAAAACGUAUUUGGUGGAAUGAAUUUAAUAUCACGGAACCAUGUUCUUUAUUACGUGAAUCAGGUAAAGCCCCAAGUCCAUUGGGUGUAGAACAAGUUGGUGGUGUAUUUAUUGUCUUACUGAUUGGAUUUUUUAUGGGAUUCGCCGUAUCGAUUAUUGAAUUUUUGGUAGCAACAAGAGAUCAGCAAAAGACAGCUGUUUGGCGUGGAAUGUGGAAAGAGUUGAAAUUCGCUACACGAUGUUUAACGACAUCACGUCGAUUAAGAUCAGACAUUCCUAAAUUAUCUAGAUCCCGUUCAAGUAAUCGACUUAUAUCAUCUGUACCAAAUAAUUUAAGCGCAAUAAAUAAUUCGCCAAAUUCAUUCGGUUUCAGCGAAAAUCAUAAUAACAAUAUAAAGCUAAAUAAUAAUACUAAUGUCAGUAAGAAUAUUCAUAUGAGUGGAAUCAAUUCAAAAAUUGGACAAGAUACAUCUAGAGACCAAUUGUUAAUUUCCGAAUCCAGACCUUUUACUUAUGAACAGCAGAAUCAGCAAAAUCAAGAAGGAACUUAUCGAACAGAUCAGAAAAGUGCAAGUCUACAAUGUCCUAGUUCAUUUGAUCAAAGUGAUAUAUCUGCAGGAAUAUCAAGUGAUCCACAGCCUCAAACCUACAACGCGCGUCAACAACAGCACCAUCUUGUAUAUAACAUCCAGUCACAUCAACAAUUACAACAACAUCACCCAUAUAUACAUAAUGAAACUGAUAUUAAGCGUUUUACGAUGCCACAACCUGUAGUUCGAUCAAAUUUCAACGUUGGGACGACUAAUAUGAAUGGAGAUUCUGAACUAUGGCAAAUAAACCAACAGAAAUAAUUUCAAUUUGAAAAGAAAUUAGUUGACGCGCGACUUUUAAAAAUGUUUUGAACAUUGUUUAAUUUAUGCCUUAAUUCAUUGGAAAUCUGAAUCACUCUAAGGCUUGAAAUUAUCAACGUUACGUUUAAGAAAGCAAAAAGUUUUAAUUGGAAAAUCCCUUUCAGUUUCAUAUAAAAUGUUAGUAAUAAUUUUAUUCAACUUAUGUAACCUUUUUUGUAAUGUUGGAUUUUGAAAAAAUAGUUGAAUUGAUUCGUUCAAUUCAGAACUACGAAUUAUAUAAAGUGAAUAUAAACAAAUAAAGUAUAGUUUCAUUUCUCCAAAUGAAGUUUGUAAAUAGCACAGAAUGACUAGAUCAAAUAUCACAUACAAUUUAUACUAUAAACAGAUAUUAUUCAACGAAUUACAGAACUUCGUCAAUAUUAACUUUGAUGAGAAUUAAUCAAAAUUUAGCCAAAAGUGGUUUAUCUGUCAGAAAGUGUAGUUUUUCAUGAUGCAUUAGGGUUCAAAUUUGAUUACUACUAUUAUUUUCAUUUUAAAUAAUUUCUUAAUAAUAAAAAGAACGAAUAGUUUCCCUUGAAUAAAUUCUCACUAGGUUCUACAGU